AUGGCACGAGCAGCUGUCCUUCCUCCGUCCCCUGCCAAGCGGGGGACGCGUACGGCACCUCGAUCAACCGUGACCAAGACCACUGCCAGCUCCCAAGCCAAAGCCGUAAACGAACCGAAGAGGAGAGGCGUGACCAAGACGACGACGGCCAGGAAAAACAUGAUGGCGAAUGUCGACAUUGAUUCGGAUGAUACCGAGGAUGAGCUUGGCAUGAUGAUGAAGGAGACUGAAGAGAAGCCUGUACGACCACGUGGGAGGACCCCAGCGAGUUCGGCGACCAAGGCCUCAACGGCGUCAGCAACGAGAACAACCACCGCCUCCCGUGGCAAGAAAGUGACACCCGCGCCAGCUUUGCCAGAGUCCCCCGCCGAUAGUGAUGGAAGUGAUGGAGGCGAAAACGAGGCCUCUAAUCCAGAGCCAGUAAAGAAACGGGUCGGCAGGCCGAGGAAGAACGAGACAUCUACUGCGGCCAAAACCGAAACAGGACCAAAGCCCCGAGGGCGGCCAAAGGGAUCAACAACAUCAAAGACUACUGCCACUCGUAAGAAUACUCGAACCGUGCCGGAACCCGAGGCCGUGGCUGAAAAUGCCCUCACCAAACAUAUUCGCAUUGCUACUAAAUCUACGACCAUGCGAUCGAAUAUUCUACGUGGCCCUGCCAAGAAGAAAACAGUGACCUUCCAAGAACAAGCCGACUCGGAAUCUGACGAACUGGAAGGACUGACUGCGUCUGUUGCUGAGCAGAAGAAAGCCUCUGCAAGGACUACCAGUAAAGCUGGUCUGGGAGCGACACCGAUGCGCAAGACUACAGGAAAUGCAGCGCGAGGCCGAAAGCCUGCUGCAGCCAAAAAGAGCGCAACCAAACCUCUGUCUCCUAAGAAGGACAAACAGGUCUCCAAGUCGCUUUCAGCAUACGUCAGCUCUGAUGGCGAAGAGGACGAAUUGAGUUCGGCCAAGUACGAUAUCAAGAGUCCCGUCAAAUUGGUCGUUCACUCGCCAGCCAAGGCUGGCACGGAGAUUACAGGAUUGAGCUCGCCUGUGCGCAGGAUCAAUUUCACUCCCAAGAAGGCGUCCACUCUAAUUGACGAGAAUGGUGACCCUAAACCCGCUACACCUAAAAAUGGAUCAUCGGCUACCGGGUUGAGCUCGCCCGUCAGGAAGAUCAACUUCACACCCAACCGCAGCUUCAACGCCGUUGCUGACGGAGGCCAUCUGGCUUUACCCCCCGGCAAGUCUAUUGACUUUACUGAGUCGGUAUUCAUGUCAAGUCCUGCUCGACGACCAGAAGCUUCUCCAUUCCAAUUCUCUCUUCGCGAUACACCGAAUCGUGGCCUACUGUUCCGGGAAGACGCCCUUUCAACUGCUGACCCGAACCUAGCCCAAGGUCCAGCAUCGCCGCUCAAGAUGUCCCCAAAGAAAGCUAACUUGGGUGCUUCUUUCUCCCAGUCACCAACCAAGGCGGCAACUCCGUUUUCAGCCAAGACAUCUCUAAUCCAAAGCCCGCCAAAGAGAAUCCCGUCGCCUUUCAAGGGUUCCCUUUUCUCUUCUAAGAGCUCGACCAGUGCCGCGCCUACUCUGGAUUGUGAUGGCGCUACAACUGUCCUUCCAAUCCCUCAAGCAGAGCAGGACACCUUUUCUGCCUCAGGCUCCGAACAUCAAGGAUUUGCUGUGGAUGACGAUAUCGAGAUGAUCGAGGAGGUAGCCCGUGAUAUUUUUGGUAUUGAAUUGCAAUGCUAUGGCAGAAGCUCGUCUAUAUCGCCCUCGCCACAGGAGCCCCCUGCAGUCGAAGAACCUCUGGAGCUUGAGCCGGCCGAGGACGCUUUCGAUGAGCCUGAAGCCGCCGAGAGCUGUGUCGAGGAUAUCGAUAUCGAGGCAAAGCUCCAAGAGCUACGAGAAGAGAUCCGCCGUGAGCCAGAGGACUUUGGGACAAUUUGCUUCAAUACCAUGGAAGAACUCCAAAAGCCGUUCCAAAACCUACCUGAAGAAGAAACCGUACAGCACGAUUUCAUUUUGGAUGAUAUUGAGGAUGGCAUGGAGACGGAUUUGGAGGAAGAAGAUGCUGCGGAGCCAAGUGCUGAUGCGGAAGUUCACUCUGAAAGGCUGGAGCAAGUGGACACUCCGGAUGACGAACCCGAGCAGCAUUUCCCUUCACCAUCGGAACCAACACUUGGACUAGAGGCUCUCGAAGGCGCGCAGUCCCACACGCCUCCACCAGAAAGCCUCGAAGAGUACCUCGACCUCGCCCGGGAGGCACACGAAGACAUCGAAGAAACUGGAGUGGAAGAGGUUGAGACCGAAUUUGAUCAUCCGCAGAAUGAUCAAUCCGUCUUGGCAGAGGAGGAAGUUACUGUUGAAGUCUCAUCACCGCCCGAAACUCCCCGCAGUGCGCACCAGGCCAAGGUGACUGACAGCCUCCAACGGUCAGCGCAAUCGAUCCCUCCGCUGGCUCCUACUCCUCCUGGCCGUGCUAUGAGCGCUGCGUCUCCAUACCAGCAAGAUAGUGCCAAAUCGAAGGAAUGGUUGUUUGAUAUCAAUACGGAGCCACGCAUCCCUGCUGAGGAUAGCUUCUUGGACACCACCCUGACCGAGAUCCCUUCCCCCACUGGCCACGCCAUUUGCGACACUCCAAACUUUGCUGGAAAGCGAAAGUCGCUUAUCAAUGUCGACAUCGGGUUUACGCCUUUGGCACGGAAGUUUGAUGGUUGGGAAGCCAAUACUCCCUCUGAAGUCAAGCCAAUGCGACAGCGUCGCCGAGGCGUUUUCUCGCUGGUUGGGCCUCUGGAGAAACCGGCGGAGCAUGCUACACCAGUGCAGGAUGAUGUGUCUUACCCUGAUCUUUCGCGCACUCCAGUUGCAGACAGUCAGUCUGCGUCUGCCGAACUGCCUCUUCAGGAUAAGAGCGACGAUGCCUAUACACCCCCUCAAUCUCCUCACACACCCGAAUCUGCUGUGACACAACAGCAGCAACCUAUGGUUUACUCACCAAUCCGGCUCGAUAUUUUUGAAGACCCUGAGCUUUCCGAUUCCGAUGUAUUGGAGUCGCAAAAGCAGCCUAACGUGGAGAUGGUGGCCUCGGAAUCGACUGACGCUCAGGAUGAAGGUUCCCUGUCUGACCACGAUGACAAAGAGAAUUGCCAUUCUCCUGUCAUUCUACCUGUCACCCCGGUCAGAAGAGGAAUUGAUCACCAUCGAACGGUACACACUGUGUCCAAGGUGCCUUUGAAGGGCGAAGGCGAGGUCUCUCCUCUAAAGCUGCCCCGCAAACGAGGGCAUUCCCUUGAAAGCAGGUCUCCGAUUCGCGCAUCGCCACGCAUGCGCAAGCCGGUCAUGUUUCUCAGCAACGAGACUGUCCCGACCAUUUCCCCGCACAAAGCUUCGCGAACCUCGAGAAGCCCUAGCCCGAAGCGUCGCUGUAGCACUCCCUGGCGUUCCAUGGGGAUACAACCUGACAUUCAAGUACCUCAAUCUCCGUCUGUGGCUUCCACCGCCGGCAGAACUCCUCGCAGGAAGAGCCUCAUCAGCCAGCAAACGCUUCGUGGUGCUGUCGUGUAUGUGGAUGUUCACACAACCGAAGGUGAAGAUGCAUCUGGAAUCUUUGUUGAGCUUUUGCAGCAAAUGGGCGCUCGUUGUUUCAGAUCGUGGUCAUGGAAUCCUCGCUCUAGCAUGUCUCCAGUUGACGGCGUUGAUCCCAAAGAAUCUAAAGUUGGAAUCACACACGUCGUGUACAAGGAUGGUGGCCUUCGUACCCUGGAGAAGGUUAAGCAUGCUGGUGGCUUGGUGAAAUGUGUCGGAGUUGGUUGGGUCCUUGACUGCGAGAGAGAGAACAAGUGGCUUGACGAGACUCCGUACAUGGUCGACAGCUCUAUCAUUCCCCGUGGCGGUGCUAAACGUCGCAAGAGCAUGGAGCCACGCGCCUUGAGCAAUGUGAACGGCACUUUGGUGCGCAUCGCUGAACCAUCUACCCCCUCUGCCAGCGGACGCCGCUGCGGUGCUGACUGGGGUGCGGUGGAGGGAUUCCGGAAGAUCACUCCCCCAACUCCGCUUGCCGGAGUUUCAUCAACGCCCGUUCAGCAAUCCGAUCGCUAUCAUGUUCCAGCCACCCCGGGCUACAACUUUGACAACCUUACUGCGAUUGGCAUGUCUCCCGCCACUCCCUAUUUCCUCUCCAAUCGCGCCAAGUUGGUACAGAAAUCUUGCCCACCGAAGCAGAGCAACCGCGGUUUGUUCGAAGGCACAGAUAGACCUAUUUUCAGUCUUGAGGAGGACGACGAGGUAGAGUCCAGGCGUCAACAGCGGGCCCGUAUGGAAGAUGCGCGACGCAAGAGUCUUUUCUACAAGCCUUCUGUUGAAAGUCCGCUUGGAAAGUGA